CCCCCCAAAAAAAAAUGGUGCAAGCAAAACAUAUUUGCUUUGUGUUGCUUUUGUCACAAUUUUUGUGGUGUAAUUAUUGUACUUCAACACCUCUAGUACCGGCUUUGUAUGUUUUUGGAGAUUCAUUAUUUGAUGGUGGAAAUAACAAUUGGUUGCCUACUUUGGCCAAAGCAAACUACCUUCCUUAUGGUCAAGAUUUCCCCAAAGGCCCUACCGGAAGAUUCAACAAUGGCAAACUCCUCGUCGAUUUUAUAGCUGAGUAUCUUGGACUGCCAUUCUCACCACCCUACAUAAAGCCAUUCCGGACAAAUUCACUUACAGGUUAUAAUUAUGCAUCUGGUGCUUGUGGCAUUUUAUCCGAAACUGGAAAAGAUAUAGGGAUAUGCUUGGAUUUAGAUAGUCAAAUAAAGUUGUUUGAAAGGACGGUGAGGAAACAUUUAUCAUCAAAAUUGGAAAACCCAACUCAGGUUUCCCAACACUUGGCUAAGUCCAUAUUCAUGGUCUCCAUGGGCAGUAAUGAUUUCCUCGGCAACUACUUUGGCAAGUCUUCUGAAACAAGGAAACUUUAUAAUCCUCAAGAAUUUACACAACUUCUCGUUGAUUCAUUAUCGCAAAAAUUACAGAUAUUAUACGAAUUAGGAGCUAGAAAGGUGGUAGUGUUAGAGGUCGGACCAAUUGGUUGCCUUGAAUCUAUGAUUAAGCGUUUCAAGCCCAAUGGAAGAUGUGAUGAAAAUGUAAAUCAAAUAGUAAUAAAUUUCAACACUGAGCUAGAUAUGAUGUUGAAGAAAUUGAGUUCCACUCUUGAGCAUUCUCAUUUCAUACUUGGACGUGCAAAUUCGCUUGGUUAUGAUGCUAUUAUCAACCCCGGUAAUCAUGGGUUAAGAGAUAGUAAAAAUCCAUGUUGUACAACGUGGGAAAAUGGCACAUUAACAUGCAUCCCGUUACUAGAAGCAUGCCCAAAUCCAAACAAACAUUUCUUUUGGGACAGUAGUCAUCCUACUGAAGCUGUCAACUCUCUCAUUGCUUCUCAAUGUAUCAAUGGUUCCUCCGUUUGUCUUCCCCUCAAUAUCCAGCAACUCGUUCAAGUGUAGACAUACCAACAAUUCUUUUUUGUAUAUCGAUCUUUAACUUCUGAACUUAUUUAUCUGGUCUAUAGAGCGAAACUAUAACAAAUACUUGUACGUAUGUACUUCAAUGCAUUGAUAUUCAAAACUGAUGAGUUUUACAAUACAAUCUCAC